UUUGAAAUUGUCAGUUGUCUAAGUAGUGACAUUUCCACGUUUUGCGUUGCCCCUAGCAGUCAAAACAGGUCCGACAGUGAUAGGAAGGUCCUAAUGUAGCUAAACCUCGUUUAUGCUGGGUGGGUUCGCUGAUGAAAUGCUGAUGAAGUGACUUAGUAGGUGAAACUGUAACUUAUAGACUCUGCCGGUUUGUGUAAGCAGGUUUAGUUAGCAAGCGAGCUAACUAGCGCUAAAAGUGAAGGCGCUUCACCUUCAGCUCUUCAGCUCUUUAGCCGAAAGCAUGAGCUCCGCGUCCAGCUCCACAUCUGAGGCAGCUGUUUCAGUAACGGGCAACAUUCAGCGGCUUUUCAGCCAUGUGAGGGUAGAAAACCUGGCUGCAGGGCUCAGUGGAGGUGUGGUGUCCACCAUGGUGCUGCACCCUUUGGACCUGGUCAAAAUAAGGUUCGCAGUGAGCGAUGGUUUGGAACUGAGGCCGAAGUAUCAUGGAAUUUGGCACUGCAUGAGGAGCAUCUGGCAGCAGGAAGGCCUUCGAGGGCUGUACCAAGGUGUGACCCCCAACGUUUGGGGUGCUGGAGCUUCAUGGGGCCUCUAUUUUUUCUUUUAUAACGCCAUUAAGGCUUACGCCAAGGAGGACCGUCAGACAGAACUGAGCGCUGUGGAGCACCUGGUGUCGGCAGCAGAAGCAGGGGCGAUGACUCUCUGCCUUACAAACCCCAUCUGGGUGACCAAGACGCGUCUGGUUCUGCAGUACAGUGCCGAUCCGAGCAGCAAGCAGUACAAAGGCAUGGUGGAUGCGCUGGUGAAGAUAUACCGUCAGGAAGGAAUACCGGGACUGUACCGGGGGUUCGUUCCCGGCUUGUUCGGGACAUCUCACGGAGCUCUGCAGUUCAUGGCGUAUGAGGAGCUGAAGAGGGACUACAAUAAAUACAGAAAGAUGCAUUCAGAUGCUAAACUGAAUCCAUUAGAAUACAUUACCAUGGCAGCUUUGUCCAAAAUCUUCGCUGUGGCCACCACUUACCCGUACCAGGUGAUCCGAGCUCGCCUGCAGGAUCAGCACAAUAGUUACAGGGGGGUGGUGGAUGUCAUCAGGAGAACGUGGAGAAACGAGGGUCCCCUGGGCUUCUACAAAGGCAUGGUGCCCAAUCUGAUCCGAGUGACUCCUGCAUGCUGCAUCACGUUUGUGGUUUACGAGAAUGUGUCCAGUUUUCUCCUGGGCCAGCACAAAUGAGCUAGAGAUCAGGGGGUGACCGCACCAUGCUAACCUAGAGCGAGUACACUCGCCUUGGGGGGAGACAACAUUGAGCACGACCCCCGGGCCAGGCCUGGAGGGCACAAAUGUGGGUCGGGGGUGGGGGGUAUGGGGGGGUCAAGGUUCUUUUCAGAGAACCUCUGUCCAAUAGAUAUGGACUUGAUGUGGCUUUCUGUUGUGGACUGUGGAACUGAAAGUAGCCAAGUGCAGGGAACUUGCUUUUAGCUGAAUGAGGGUGUACUGGAAAGCUGACGUAGGGCUGUAUGUCUGUCUGUAUGUGUGAACAUACAUGAGCCAAGCAGAAUAUUAUAAUAAACCUUUUAUUAGAAAGGUUGUUUUUCAACAGUGCCAAAAGAGAAACUUGCUUGGUUUUAUUUAAAGGGGAAUUAUAUAAUUUCUUUUAGUUUAAUUCAUGUUUAACUCAAUCAAUGACAUGAAAAUGAAGUCAUUCAGAGCAGUUUGAUGUGAAGUGGUUCAUUGUAGAGAAAUUUACUAACUGAUUUUUCUUUACAAUGGUGGUCAUAAGAAGCAGGGGUCAGGAUGUUGCAUAUGUCAUGUUGAUAGUUUUAGGCCAAAUCUUUAUCUUAAAUCUAUGUGACAGGCAUCAGGCAGUGUAUUUAUAACCAAUUUAUGUAAUAACUUUCUGUGAAGAAGCUUUUAACAGAACCAGUGUGAACAAUUCUGACUAAGUUUCUCUAGAACACUAGAUUUCCCAUUAAACCACUCUGAACAACAUACAUUACCUCUUAGCAUCUGAAAAAGUUGCUGGAAUUCUCCUGUAAGUAAUUUUUUUACUUAGAUUAGCAAGAGGAUAGGUGAUAUUUAAGAUGUUUGUGUGAGCGAGAGAAAGAGAACGUGAGUGCCUUUACUUUACCUUCCUUUAUAUUAGAACACCGAUGGAAACUUGUUCAGUGCAAUGUAAUAAAUCUCUCUACAGACA